CUUACAGGUUCGUGGAUUUCAUGUUGUUACGUCAUCUGUUAUUUAAUUAGAACCUGUUGGACGUUGUUCGCGUCAUUAUGCUGUCUUCAAUACCAAAGAUAUAUUAAGUCCAUCAAACAAAAUAGUCAUUGCAUUCCGAUGCAACGUUUUACUAAAUUAGUGAUGCAUGAAAUCGUAGGAACGCAUUUGCCAAUCCGCGUAUUUAAAACAUCAAAAUUAGAGAAUAAAAUAAUCCUCUGUAACGGUAUCAUAACAGUAAGACGUAUGAAAUACAAUUGAUUCAUAAGUAACAUUAUUAUCUAAACAUAUGAUACAACUUAUAUAAUAACAGCCGUAGCGGUUGCACGAUGGUGUGUCUGUUUGAAAACACGACCAUUGUGCGGCGCUACUCCCUCGCCUCCACUUGACUUCAGAUACGCAAUCACGCACAGCGACCGCUUCACUAACUCUGCGAUAUGUCGGCUGGGUACGCGCGGUCCUUCGUGAUUUCCUUGGCAAUCGCGAUAGCAAUAACUAAAUCACCUGCCAGUGGCUUCACUAUCGGUCGGUCACAUAAUAUCUUGAGUCAAUCGCCAGAUCUAGACACAGGAGAGAGUACACAGCUUGAGGUUAGGUAUGAUUUAAAAUCAGCUCAGGACUCAGAUCAAAACGUCACCGCUAAAGUUAAGGGAUCAGAUACAGCUGUAAUUGCAAUCAACGAUCCGAAAAAUAAAGAUACGAAAAUCGAUAACGAUGGGAAAAUUCCAAAAGUACUAACUAUUGCCAAUCAGAUAGCAGACGAGGAGUUACUACCAUCAGAAUUAAAAAAAACUAAUUUAUCUGCUGACACAACAACUACUACUUCAACGGCAGGAACGAAUAACUCUCACAUUACAACGACUUCAAGCACCAGCCAGACAGCGACAAAGAGUCCCGAAAAAAAUGAAGAGCGCUUAACGACACUUCAAAAUAUUGUUCCUACUGGAACAUUUAAUCGAAAGGAAUCUUUGGGUAACACUCUAAACACAAUUCAACAAGGAAACGUAACAAGCACAUCAGCAGACAUCCUAAGUAAGGGCAAUUCAAAUACAACGGAUCUCAGUUCGAAAGACAAUAUUUCUACUGAAGCGUCAUUGCCAGAGCAAACCACAAAUAAUUUGUUAGAAAACGCAACAGUAAAACCUACAGAUAUCAGUACUACGCCAAGCAGUUCUACGGAACAUAUAGACGUGACUAGUUUAACACCUGGAAACAAUAGUCAUUUACAUAAUGAUAGCACUACGAAACAGAACAUUUCAAACUUUAUAAACAUCGAUCAAAAUAUUUCGGAAACAAAAAAAGACGAAGAAAAUAAAACCCUGAAAUCGGAUGAGUCUACUGUCUCAACGACUUCUCGUGCACCAGAAACAGACGUAACAAGCAUAUCGCAAGAAUUUACUACGGAAUGGUAUGUUACUACAGACGAUUAUAAUACGGACACAGCAUCUGCAGACUAUGUUCCUCCAGCGCUGCCGCAUUGGAAAAAAUAUACAACUAUUGACAGGAAACGCAUAAGCACUGAAAGUGCUCUAACGAAUGCACCAGAAAACGAUAUGACAAAAGCAGAAACUGCCCAAACUCGUAUCAGUCUAGAUAAAGUUUUUAUUAUGACACCAAUUCCAUCAUUAGAAAAACUAAAGAAUGAUUUGAUAAAUGCUCAAGAAUCGACGACAGUAAUGACGACGAUGAUGAUGACGACACAACAAGUUGAAGAGCCGAACGCCACCGAUGUAAGCGUCACCCUUGCACCAGUAUCCGGCACGCAGGCUGUUACACAAAUGAUGGCUGCUGAUGUCGAACCUGUCACGACGAAACAAGAACUGGUGUCCAAAAGAGCAGGGUACAUACACAACGUCGAGGUGUCAGCGCCCAAGGCAGACGAAAUAACUACUUCAGAACUCCCACCAAAAGCGACGGUGAAUGAUACUGAAAUGUUUGGUACUAUGUAUGAGACUGAGCCAGGUGAAACUGAUACGCCAGAAAACAAGAAUAUUACUGGCCUGGAGUCGCAAAGCCAACUGGCAGAGGAUGCGAUCAAGGAAGAAUUAUUAAGAGAGGAAACUCUGAACGACGAAGAGAAUGCAAAACGUUAUCGAGACGAACGACUUAUUGUAACGAACGUGAAGUCACUGAAGGAGUGGAAGACAACUGACAAUGUCACUACAGGUCAAGACGCAGUUACUGAGGACAUGCUAAGCGUUCAACCAAUCAGCCCAGGUAAAAAGAAGCUCGCAGGGCUUUAUGCAGUAAGCCCUAAUUACAAGCCUCUCAAGAAAUUAGAUGUCCAGCCACCGAAACAGUUCGUACGAGAUCCAGACGACAACAGUUGGAGGAAUGAAAGCAUCAGCUCUCUCGGAAUAGUGUUUAAACCAAAAAAUGCUUCCAAAUCCUUUACAGAAGUUUUAAAGAAUAAAACAGAGACCGAGUGGGCUAACAUGACAGAAAAAGACAACAAAGAUGGUGUUCCAGACUUAAGAGUUAGGUUAGAGAAAAUCGCUGAAGUAAGAAAAUCUAAAAAGAAGAGGGUGAACAAGUUUGGUGAUACCGUUUACAGUGAUUAUGAAGAAACUUCAGGAGAAAAUAUCAGCACAUCGAAAGUUGAAGAUGUGACUGUACCGAUGAGCCCAGAAACAAUACUUUCUUCGACAACGCCUUCCCCAUCGAAACCGACCUCAGAGUUCGACUUAACAGUGAAUGCUAUAUCAAAAGAAAACAUGAACAUAUUUAAAAACGACCUUACAACUCCCUUAACGACAAACAAGCCUAAGAAAUUCUACAACUUAGCCGAGUACUACGAUACUACAGAUGAGUAUGAUGCUGAUUAUGUUAAUCUCUCCAAAAUAGACUUGAAGAAAUUUACUCAGCCUUUUAAAGCUACCCACGUGUCUGUCACUCAACCUCCGGAACUGCUGCGUACAAAACCGAUGAGAGAAUACCAACCGGAGAGGAAAGCGACCGUGCAGUACUUCCCCCCGACACAGAAAGUAACACAAAAAGUUAAUGUAAACGACUACGACCACGAUUUCAAUAGAAAAGUAAACUUGUACACAUUUAAAGAACCUCCUCAAAAUGUGUUAUCUGUAACAUACGCGACAGCUUCUCCACUCCACACAGAAAAGAACGAACAAUUAAAUAAGUUAACAGUGAAACCUGCUUUUACGCCAAUGUACAGACCUGACAGCUUAGACAAAAACCUGUAUUUGACGAACCCGCCGCGCGUGACCGAGCCCCCUAACGGAUUUGUAGUAAACGAUGGAAAUUUCAACAGAGCUUCAUACGUAAUCAAACAUUACAGGGACUUUAUUAACGAGGCAGCGAAGGAGAGCGACGACGACAGGAGCUCAGAGUUUCUUCCCUACACGCGGUCACCACUGCAGGGAGUCACAAUGAAUGACCUGGCGAAGUUAACAACACUUAAAGAUCCUAAUCAGGGCGAUGACGAUUAUGAUUACGAAACAAAAUUCCGAAAAGAUAUUCUAAAUAGAUUCGUGGACAAUUUCAACCAGAAUAGUGAACGAUUCAAGGUUGACUUUCCCAUACUGUACAACAACAGUGUGGUGCACCGGAGCCCGGCGGAGGGCAAGGUGGCGUCGUCCAGCGCCUUCAUGAAGCGGCUGUACGACGUGAGCAACCCGCGGCCCUCCAACAUCCUGGCGCCCGCCAAGCCGUGCGACCCGCACUGCGACAACCUCACGGUGGAGCUGUCGCCCGCCUACGAGCUGCACUACUACGUGCCCGAGCAGGAGGAGAAGGAGGAGAUGGAGCCGCGGCCCAUCACCAUGCCGCAGCGGUACCGGUUAUGAAACCCGCGGCGGGGGCCUCUGCGGAAUGUUAGCGACAAUCAAUAGUAUUUUAUUGGUGUUAGUUUGCCCAACCUGCGGCUGAGUGAAUAUUAAUUAGUAUAAAGAAACAUCGCAAACAAGUACUCGCUAGGAACGGAAAGUUGUACUUUAAUAGACGUGGUACUUAAUAUAAAUAAGAAAAUGUAUUUGUGUUACACUUGUCUUGGCAGUCAUCAAAUACUAUAGAGACUUAUAUUACUUAUAAGUAUUUUGUACCUCUACAAAUAUAACUGCCAAAUUACCAAAGACAAUUUAGGGUAAAUAUUAAUGUGUAAAAUAACUUCUGUUUUAUAAAAGAUACAAGGGAAAAGAUUGGUCUUGAAUUGUUGGUUUAAUUAAGAACAAUCCCGCAUCAACAGCGGAAGAUGAAUAGUUGAACUAUGAAGGCCUGUAUUACAUAGUAAGCUGUUGUGUAAAUAUUUACAUUUGUAGAUGUAACUGUAACUGGGCUCUCACCAGUUACACGCGUGACUUUCUCUUUCAUGUUGGCUGCACCAUCACACACUACUGUAGCAUCGGAGUUCUUAUCAUUGUCUCAUAGCUUUAUUAGUUCUAUAUAAUAUGGUGUCUCACUUCAUACGCUGACAAGUCAAGUAUGUUAUUGUCGGGAUAAAUGACAAAUAUGAUCGACGCAGGAGACGUUGUGAGUUUGUGAUAAUAAAUUACAAUUUAUGUAAUAA